AUGCGCGGCAUUUUGAAACAACGAGAAAACAUGGAGGUAAUCCGGAAUGAAUGGGACCAAGUCAUGAAUGCGCACAAGUUUAAAGCAUCGGUAUUUUAUAAGUUGCUGAUUGAUGAUGGCACAAGGGUGCUUUGGAGAAAAUUGAUAAAAUCCAACAGGGGACGGUCGCGAGCAGUGUUUUGCUUAUGGAAAGCAUGUCAUGGAAUGCUUGCAACCAAAGACAGGUUGAAACGAUUUGGGAUGAUUGAGGACAGCAGCUGCAAUUUAUGUCAUUCCGAGGAAGAAAUGAUGAAUCAUCUAUUCUUCUGUUGUCAAGAGACAAGUAACAUAUGGAAGGAAGUGCUCAAAUGGUUUAACAUUUAUCAUGAACCUCAACCAUGGGAUGCAGAGCUGGUUUGGAUCACCAAUAUAACAAAGGAAAAGGGAUGGAAAGUUGAUGUUUUGAAGAUGUUAGUAGCUGAAACCAUAUACAACAUCUGGGGGUAUAGGAAUAGUAAAAAUUUUGGAAACAUUGUAGAUAAUACAACCAUGGAUACUAAAAUCAUAGAUAAUGUGAUCUAUAGAAGGUGGAAAAACAUUAAGAUUAGAAAACAUAUUGUUAGUUUUAUGAUCUAA